AUGGCGCUGGAAAUUGUGUGCGCUGUUUCUAUGCAUAUAGAGUACUUUGCAUGCACGAACGCGGAUUCUCACACUUCUCAAGGCACAUGCCCGAAUGCAGACAGAACUUUCGAGAGUGAAAUUCCUCCACACCCCACGAAUUACGGUAUAGAAGAGACGCAGCCAUGGAACCCCCAACUGGGCAAGCAAGAGGCGCUGCACGCGCCAUCCGCCAAUAAAAGCUCGGAGGAGCAGAUGGAGGGCCUUUCCAUUAGAACAUACUCCGAAAUGAUGGGAGGCAAGGGCGCGGCCUCUUAUAACUCUGGCGAAAGCAACAAAAAAACAGAGCCUUCUGUGUGGUUCUUUCUUGCAGAUUUGAAAAUCCCAGUGCCGGAGAACAUGGAGAUUCUUCGCCCAAUAAUUAAGCAGAAGAUAAACAGGUAUCUUAGAAGAGGAGCAUUGGAAACAACGAAGAACAAUCCCAACUACCUGCAGGUGCUGACGAAUGCUAUGUUUUUGUACGUGUCCAGACACAGGCCGCUCAAAAAGUGCAAGGCCCUUGCGCAGAGGGGAUACACGCUGACCAAAGAACAGAUGAGCACGGAAACACUUGGGGACCGGUACGAGGCAUGCAUGAAUAUGGAAAAGGCUUGGGCAUACAUAAAGCCCUACUGUAAAAUUGGCACAGGCCCCAGCCUUUCUAUGUACGAAAGCAUAGAGCAAGCGCUUUUUUUGAUUCUGGACCAGUCGGGCAUUCUUAUAGACUUUUGCAAAAUUAGCAUGGAAUUUCUGCUGAAUGCAGUUAAAGACGCAGAUUUUAAAAAUGCAAUGCCAACCCAGGACAACGUACGAAUUCUUUUGUAUAUCCAGGAGAUCGCCCUGCAAAUAGACAUUCUGUCUUUUAAAAAGAGCGCUAACAGGGGCGAGAGGUACAUUAAAUACAUCAAAAGAAUUCGCAGUGCGUGCGCAAGCAGCCGGUUUUAUGCUGCCUAUGCAGAUCGAGUUAUGGAGUGCUACAAAAAAAUAGGACAUAUUUUCGGCCUCUACCCAAAAAAAGUCGUAGACUCAGACUCUGUGACCUCAGUGUACUCCUACCUGUGCAACAUCCUGGCCACAUUCUAUACGCACGCGCCGCAUUUCUACAGAACCGGCACCUCACUUUACAUGCUGCUUGAGAAGGACAUACUGAGCAGAAGGGUGUACAAUAACUAUUCUGUAACGCUGAAACAGAGCACGGACCCGAGCAAGGAAAACGCCCUGGAAAUAAAAAGCCAGAGUUGCUACACAACCACCAACAACGACUUCUAUCUGGAGCUUACGUGUGUGCCGCACUACCAUGUGUACUACGUCGACACCGCCACCCACGCCUGCCACCGCGUGUGCAUGCCGUACUACACCCACAAAGGCGUGCAGCAAGGCAUCCACACUGUGCAGGAUACAGUGGAGCAUCUAGCACAAAAGUUCGGCAUAAACCCAAAGGUCGGUGGAAUAUACCCGUAUUACACGCAGAACAGUGGAAGAACUUGGUCGUUUGUGCCUUUAGACAAAAGCCAGUGUUUGGUAAAAAAUCCAUUCUGUCCCUUUCUAUACGUAUUUUACUACAUAGAAAACGCCAUGGUCGAAAGCCAGCGGAUGUACUUUAUAAAUAUCAUGCACGCCGGGUCUGGAAUGAUCGAUAUAACCGAGGCGGUUCGCAUUCCGAUAUUUAUCGACGCCCUAAUGUGGGAAAGCCUAGCACUGUGCAGGUCAUUCGGCGGUAUCGAGUACUGUCCUAUUUAUAAGCUGGAUUUCACAGAAAGGGUCCCCACAUGCUACUUAAUACAAGACUUCCUAUCCAAGUGUAACAGAAGCAUAGAGCUGCACAUGUACGCAGACUUUAUUAUGUCCUUGAACGAAGACAUUUCCGUGGGCGUGGAGUGCUUUGUUACAGACAUAAAGUACUUGUACUAUGAAAAUGGAGAGAUAUUCGGCAUUUCAUGGAGAGAGCGCGCCUCGAAGAACACGCGUGACCAUGCAUACUACCUGCAUAAAGGCCCACCCGACUCUGCAGAAGCGCUGGAAGAAAACAACAACUGGGCAGAGGGCGCCAAAAGAAGAGAAGGCUCUACGGGUGUUUUUGUUCGUGCAGGGCAUAGGCCUAAAAGGGUAUACACGCUUGUCCGUAAGAACGCAGCCCUGCUUGAAAACUCCAACAGAUUGUUGGAGUGGAGCAUGGAAAAGUCUGCGAUUUACAUAUACAUGUACGGGCGCAGGUAUAGCCUGGGUUGUUGGAUGAAAAAAAUCCAGAACGACCGGCCAGCAGCCUCCGAGUAUCUUGGAAUCCAUUUUUUUAUUAUGCAGGCUCUUAUACCCUGUGCAUAG